AAACAUUCUCAACUCAAGACAACUAAACCCAACCGAAAUAAGACUCUCAUCUGACGACACCACAAGCCCAAAAGAUUCUCCAUCAUCACCAUGUCUGCACCGUUCGACCUCUCGAAACCCAAUCGCCCAAUCCACAUCGGGGUCAUCCUCGUAGACUCGAUCACUGAACUCCUCGAUAUCGCAGUCGUCGACCUCAUCGCCGGCAUGGACAAGGCCCUUGCCGCCACGUUCCCGGACGAGCUCAUGCCUCCACGCAUCAAGGCCCAAGCUCUAGAUAUUGAAACCCAUUGGGUCAAUCAAUCAGGCAAGACGGCCAGAUUGUCGGGAGGGAUAUUCUUGCAACCUACCAACGACUUCACCAACUGUCCCCCGCUGGACAUCGUGAUCAUGGGAGCCAGCACCCUCGACUACAAGGCCAGCGAGGCCGAACUUGAGUUCAUCCGGAAGAGUUACAAGGAUUGUUCCGCCUUCAUCACCAUCUGCGGUGGCUUCGAAGUCCCAUUCGCAGCAGGAUUGUUCGAGGGCAAGACCGUUACGGGCCCACGACCGUUCCUGGCACAAAUGCGCAAGGUGGCGCCGCAGACCACAUGGCUCGAAAAGCGCUGGCACCGGGAUGGCAAGUUGUGGACGAGCGGCGCCGUCACCAAUGGCUUGGACUUGAUCAGGGCUUUUGCCGAGGAGUACUGGGGCGGCGAGGGGUCGUUGGUGGAGUUCUACGUUGGCCUGGGCCAUUUUUCCAAGAGGGAUAUUAACUAUGCUGACGCUGAAUAUCCUUUGUGAUGGAUGGUUUGAGACUUACGUGAACGGCGGCACCAUGGCCACGAGAAAGAUAGAUAGAAGGUACUGCAGCGUGGGAAAGAUAUGAUCCCGGGUAUGUGAAUUGCACCAAGAGUGAAAGUAUGGGUGACCUGAUUUUGUUUUAUUUUCUGUACAUGAAUGACAGCUAGAGCAAAUAUUGUG